GGUGACACGCUCCCCUCUCUCUCUCUCUCUCUCUUACUCGCUCUCACUCACUCUCUCCCUCCCUCGCCUUCCCUCACCUGCCCGGCCGAGGGAAAGUAUUAAGUGUAUUACAUUGCACGGGAGGGAAAAAAAAGAGCAAUGAGAGGAAAGUAGAAAAAUAAAAGAGGAGAGAGAAAUUUCCCCUCACUCAAGUUUUAUUAUUUUAUGUUUUGCUUCGUUUUCUUAAGUUUGAGGAGACUUGUGUUGAUGUUCUUGUGAGUUAAAAGGAAGAAGAAGAAAAACGAGACGAAGAAGGAAGAAAAAAAGGAGGGAAGGAAAAACAGACUUGAGAAACGCUAUAUAAAAACACGUGAAUUCAAAGGAUUUUUCUACGACCUAAGUGUCUGUUUGUGUUAGUUUGUUUGUUUGUGCGUGACACGUGGUUCAAAGUCAUCCGCAUCGUUUUUGCUUUACUUCGUUUCCUUUGUUUUGUUUGUUUUGUUUCACGUGGGUUCAAUUUUCUUAUGGUGGUAGUGUACAACUCCACCACCACCACCACCACCUCCAUCAUCGCCACCAUCAGCUCAACCACCACUGGAUCCACCACCACUCCUCGCCUUAUAUCCUCGUCCUCCAAAUCCUCCUCCUCCUCCUCCUCCUCCUCCUCCUCUUCCUGAGUCGUCCAUCUUCGUCAGGAUAUUAAAGAAAAAGUGGCUGGACGUCCCCCAGGUCGACGCUCCCGCCGCAAGCGCGGCGUGGUCGGUCCCAUCAUGCAACUCAACAACCGAAGGGCGACAACCACUGCAAGCAACCACAAUAACAACAACAAUAACAACAAUAACAACAACAAAACAAGCAAGCCUCCCACUACCACUAACACCAACACCACCAACACCACCACCACCACCAACACCACCACUGCCACCACCACCACCACCGAGAAGACAACCACCAUCACCACCACUGCCGCCACCACUGCCACCACCACCAUCACUGCCUCCACCACUACCACCACCUCCACCACCACAUCGCUUCCCGUGGUGGGGUGCGACUCACAGAAGGGCAGCGCGGAAGGUGAGACUGACAUGGCGGCCGCAACGGCGUCUCCAGAGCCUAAGGGCACGCUGACCCCCCCAGGCUCCUCCCCCCUGAGGGCGGAGUGUGACCCCAGCCAAGACUCCUCCCACGGCUCCACCCCCCCAUCGCCAGAGGCUCCCCCCACUCCAGACUCCGCCCACAUGGCCGCGGAGCCCACCAAUCAGAGAGCCAUGCGUCCUCAGUCCACCAAUGACGAGGCGGAGAGGCACCUGCUGACCAAUGAGGAGCCGCUAUCGGGGGCCAAGAAGAGGAAGGCAACGCGGGUUCACAAAGUAGAGACGGAGUGCGGGAGCGAGGGCGAGGCCGAGGCGGGGGCGGGCGUUGGCAGCUUCGUGUGUCCGGUGUGCCAGGAGGUGCUGCCCUCACAGCACGACUUCACGCAGCACAUCCGCAAGCACAAUCAUGUUCUGGAGGGCGACAACGGAGCCAAAGUGUACUGCUGCGGUAUCUGCCAGAAGCAGCUGAGCAGCAACAGCUCGCUGGACCGACACAUGCUGGUACACUCCGGCGAGCGGCCCUUCCGGUGUCACAUCUGCGGCACUCACUUCACCACCAACGGCAACAUGCACCGUCACAUCCGCGGCCACCUUCGCAACGGCGGCGGCGGUGGCGGUGGUGCCAGCUCCGACACUGGCGAGAGUGACCUGGGCUCGGAGGAGGCGCCCAGCUCUCCGUACAAGCGGCCACACGACGACGAUGACAGUGGCGCGGCGCCCCCCAAGCUGGUGCGGCUGGAUGCGGAAGAGGAGCUGGCGUGCCCGGCGUGCGGCGUGGAGCAGCCCAGUCAGCACGCCCUCGAACAGCACGUGGAGGCCGUGCAUCCCGAGUACCAGGUGUCAUGCUCCAUCUGCCACGUGGGCUUUAAGAACUACCGCGGCCUCCACCUCCACAACUCCAUGAAGCACCCCGCCGCCGCACCGCCCCACCUCCACCUCACCCUCACCGACUUUUCCACCUCCAAAUUCCCGCUCAUCGCCAAGGAGGUGUGCGAGGCGUCCAGCCGGAACGAGGCCGCGGCGGACGAGGGCGUGGGCAGCCACCGGUGCCACAUGUGCCGUAUCACCUUCCCGUGCGCCGACUCGUGGCUCAUGCACAUGCGGGAACACACAGCAGCAGCAGCCUCCCCGGCACCCCUAAGGUGCCGACCCUGUGACCUGGACUUCCCAAACAUGGUGGAGCUGACGCGCCACCACCAGCGACACCUGUGUGAGGAACCGCAGCCUCGUAAGGAGAGCUUCCUGGCGGUGCUAGACCUCCUCAACAAGAAGAACCGCGAGGCCUCUAUCACACCCCUCGGCUUGCCCGGGCACGAGGGUUUUCUGGCGGGGGGACUACGGCCGCCCCUUGGGUUACCUCCACCAGGACAACACUCCCCGGCACCGGCGGACUCUGCCAAGGCUUCACCGGAGCACCCGACGCCGAGCCGCAUCGCAGCUGCGCCCGCCGCCCCCGGCAGCAGUGGGCAACACCUCCUCGGUCCGGGGCAGCUGCUAUCCCAUGACGAGCAGUUCGCCCGCGGCUACCGCGACAUGAAGCUCAACGGCCAGUACCCGUGCCGCCUGUGCAAGGAAAUCUUCGCAAACCUGCGGAAGCUCAAGUCUCAUAAUUUAGCACACAUGGUGGCGCCGCCUUACCGCUGCAACUUGUGCUCCUUCUUCAGUAACGACAAGAACACCCUCAAGGAGCACAUGAAGAGCCACAAGGGUGACACCCCUUACGAGUGUACCCUGUGCAACCUCGCCUUCACCACCAAGGCCAACUGUGAACGGCACAUCAAGAACAUCCACGGCCGUCAGUCCCGCGACGAGAUCAAGGUUUGCAUGAACUUCCAUCCGUCCGAGGACGGCGGCAGCAGCGACGGUUCACUCGACACUGUCUGCCACGUGUGCCACAUUGACUGCAAAGCGCGCUCCGUCCUUCGGGAUCACAUGCGCUCCUCCCACCCCGAGGGAGUCACCAAGCCCUUUUCGUGCAAGCUGUGCGGCGGCGCCUUCAGCUCGGAGAACGACGUGAUGCGGCACGUGAUCCAGCAGCACUCCGAGGCGGCGUCCGGCCGCACGCUGGGCAGCCUUGUGGAGACGCGACCCCUGGACCAGGACCUCACGCCCGUCGAGUCGCUCCUCAACUUCUCUAAGCUGCACAUGCCCGUGCCCCUCACUGCCCCCCACCCUCCCCCGCCUCCACAGCCCCUCCCGCUCACCUUCUCCCCCAAGCCACCCAUGCCCAUGCCUAUCAUGGUACCACACCGGCCUCUCACACCCCCGUUGCCGCCCAUGCCCCUGGAGACGGACGAUGCACCCCUGGACCUCAGCAUGAACUCAAAGAGGGACGAGGAGAGGGAGAAGUUUGAGGAAGAGGAGGAAGAAGAGGAAGAGGAGGAGGACGUGGACGUGGAGGUGACAGAAGUGAAAAUGGAGCAGGAGCAACCCGAAGACCUUUCCAAGCCUCGCCGGGAAUCUGAAGAAGAGGACGCCCCCGAGCGGAGUCCCAAGUCCUCCCCUGAGUAUCCUGCCGAUGUGCUGAAGAUCCCGCGGCCGCCCUUUCCCCUGAGCGUGUACCCUCAGCCGCUGUCCAGCCUCUGCGGCGCCUUCCCGCCCACCCAGUACCCCCUCUUCAUGAGCCAGUACCGCAUGGGCCAUCCAUUCGACACCGCGCUGCUGGAGCAGUACCAAAAGGAACUGAAACGUGGCCUUCACCUCACGUCCGGGGGCGGCCUGCUGGGGGGCGGCUCCCCAAUGCUGCCUCACACCACCUCCUUCCCUCUGUCCGCCCUCGCCGUGGCCGCCGCCAAGACUUUUCCUCUCCGCAUCCCGCGGCCCGAGGCGCUGCGACCUGAGCCGCGUAACACCGAAGACCAAGGCGAGGACCCGCCCGCUGCUCCCGAGGCUCCGGCCCCUGCACUGCCGCCGCCACCACCGCCACCGCCGCCGCCAAAGCCCAUCGAUGAGGACGUGAUGCACUUCACGAUGCGCAACUCCGUCCUCAUGAAAAAGCCCAAACAGCGGCGUUACCGCACGGAGCGGCCGUGGCGAUGCGACCUGUGCGACAAAGGCUUCACUUUGCGGUCCAAUAUGGAGCGGCACAUGAAGCAACAACACCCUGACGUCUGGCAGCAGCGACCCCGCGGCAGUGGCAGCACUGGCGGCGGCGCCGCCGCGCUAGCCGACGAGGAGGUUUCAGGAGUGCCCCGCGAGACGCCGCACACGAUCUCCAGUGCCGUGCGUGAGCAGCUGAUCAUCAAAAUCGAGAAAGAGGCAGCCGAUGAGAGAGAAGAGUCGCGCGUCAAGGAGGAGGAGGAAAAAGACCUCAUCAUAGAUGACGGUGCCGAGGAGGAAAGAGAGGAAGAAGAGGAAGAGGAAGAGGAGGAGGAGGAGGAGGAGGGAGAAGAGGAGGAAGAAGUGGAGGAAGAGGAGGUGCAAGAGGAAGAAGAAGAGGUGGCGAUGGGAGAAGAGGCUGGGGAAGAGAGGCACCAAGAGAACAGCUGUCACAGCAGCGAGGAGCGAGGCCGCGAGGAUGGCGGAGCAGAUCUGGCCAGCGUCCACAAGUUGCUUUCCACGGCCUCCAGUCAAAGCUUUCCCUUCUUUGGCAGCGAGGGCGAGGAGGACGGUCCCAACGAGGACGACUCCGCCUCCUCUGCAUCUCUCUCCGAGGAAGGGAAGCGCAGCGCUUACUCCUCGGCGCCACAGAAACAAAAGUGUCCCUUUUGCCAACGAAAGUUCCCGUGGUCGAGCUCGCUGGUGCGCCACAUCCGCACGCACACGGGCCAGAAGCCGUACCUGUGUCCCGUCUGCCACUUUCCCUUCACCACAAAGUCCAACUGCGACCGUCACCUGCUUCGCAAACACCCGGACUCCCCGCACACCACGGGGGGCGACAGGCCCUACCGCUGCUCCAAGUGUCCCGGCGCAGCCUUCACCAACAUUGAGAGUCUCCGGAAGCACGAGAUGUUCAAACACGAGAAGGCGAGUGACACGGCCAUCCCGCGAGAUGAUUCCCGGCCCUUCCGCUGCCACGUGUGCGAGGCGCCGCUGGCCACGAGGGACGCGGCCAUGAUUCACCUCACCAAGUCCCACCCCGAGAACGCCCAGAACAUCAUCAACACUGACACCGUCACGCCCGAGAACAACAACGAACCGCUCUCGCCCACCGACACCACCAUCACCACAGAGAAGGUGAGCUGCAUGUUCUGUCUGCAGCGGUACUGGAGUCUGGCGGAGCUGAAGCAACACAUUACCGAGCACCACACACGCCCCAUCACCCCCGUGCCCAUCACCUCCAUCACCCCCAUCACCCCCGACGAGAAGCCCGCCUACCUGCCCCCACCACACCCCAGUAAGGAGGUGAAGGAGGAGCGGAAGGAGGAGCCUGAGGGGAGUGACUUUAUCUCUGAUCUCCUGGGGACUAAAAGAGCAGUUGUGGACCAUCUCCUCACCUCGAAGUCAGCGGACGACGCGGCGAAGCUCCUCGGCGUGCGGUAAUGGCGAGAUGGAGAGCAGCCUGUGUAGAGUUAAUUAACCGCGGCAGCGAGGUGUGAAGGGGAGCUGUCACACGCACAUCAUAUCACACACACACACACACACACACACACACACACACACACACACACACACACACACACACACACACACACACACACACACACACACACACACGUGGAGGGAGGCGGGGCUCUCAGUGGCCUCCCGUAGCUGAGCAGUGCAAUGUUAGUGUCAUAGCUUGUAGACGAUGUUCUUAACGAGACCUCUCCUUUUUUUAUAUUCAUUGUUACCUUAAUUUCCGACAUUAAUGCAUUCACAGUUUGCCUUGAAAUUCAGUAAUUCGUGCCUUGACAACGUGGCCUAGACACCUCUAAUAACGCGUAAGUUGAAUGUGUUUUGUAUAUAGUCUGUAUAUAAACAACUCGGUGGUUAAAUUUUUGUUCGUUCAUUACAUUUAAUUACUUUUCGUCUGUGAUGCUUUAACUCCCAAGUUGAUUUUGUUGUUAUUUGUUAUUUUUUUUUUUUUUUUUUUUUUUUUUGUUCGCUUGUACAGUACCUGCCAAAUAUUAUUAUCUUGUAGUGUUUUCUUUAGUUGCCAAUAUUUCCAACAUUUUGUUCAAAUACAAGGGGCCAAAAUCAUUUGUCUUGUGCCUAAGCUUUUCAUUUAGCAUUGAGUGGGCGUGAAGCGGGAGGGGGGUGGGGGGGCAGGGCGGGGGGCGGCGCCAAGAAUGAGAGCAUAUCUUACCUUAGAUCAAGGACAAUCUUCGCGGAUCAGGGAUUGAGUAGUUUACCUUAUCCUUAUUUAUACUUAAGUAGGUCUUCUUCUCCAAAGUAUUAAGGCUCGAGGCCAAAGUUACGAUUAGUGUCUGUAUAUAAGUAUUAGACGUAAUAAUUUAUCUCAUAUCUUUAAGGUUACACUGUCAUUCCAAAGUUUGUAUAUUUAUACAUUUCAACAUGACUUUUCUUUAAGAUAUGUUGUGUUCCUAUUAGUUUAUGUUACUAACACGUCCAUCUGUACCUCAAAGCCGCGCCCGCCGCUCCGGGGCGCGCGCGGCCGCCUGUCUCACAUUCCAUUACCUUGUCCUUAAUACCUGUGAACUAACUGAUUAAUUAAUAUAUUCCAUGCAGUGAUUGCAUGUCCAAAGAGGUUUGUUGUGUGUUGGUUCGUGUCCAAGUGAGUUAUUUUUUUCUGAAUUUACGAAGGAUGUUAUUUUUUUAUUAGGGGGGAGGGGGUUACCGAACAGUGUACGGAAUCAUUUUAAGAUACUUAACUUUAAAUCACCAAUUGAUCUCUAAACUUAUUAAACAUUGUGACAGCUAUAACUAUUAUUAUCAUUAUUACUACCAUCAUCUUGUACGGCAUUACUUGAAGCGCCUUUCUCUUCUGUAACAAUAUUUCGCUGUGUGACUGACUGACUGCCGCUUGGUCACUCUUUGUCCAGUGUUGUUCCAUCUCACCUUGUUCCAAUGUGUGUUUUUGUUUGUGUUAAAAGCACCACAAAAUAAUAAAAAAAAGCUUUGGAAUAAAUAGUUGUGAUUCAGA